AUGGAGCCGGACACGCUGGACGCGCGGUGGGACGGCCAUCGGCUGUCGUCUUCUUCAUUUUCUCGACAAGGAUGGCCGCGACUGUCGCCGUCUUACGCACCGCCCAUGGGCACCGCGGGCCCGUCGCAUCCUGCAAGUGCCCGGUACUCUGAAUUUGCAAUAGACGAGUCAGAUCGAGUGUACCGUGCAACAGCCUUGCAUCAAACCGAUGAAGAACCCAGGUUACAGUCGCGAGCAGGCCAAGCUGGCAAUCCUAUCUCCGGCCCAGCAUCGACCGCAGGCACGAAGCCGGUACUGGUGAGGGCGUACUCCGGCGCUGCCAAGGAUACAACUAGGAAACCAUCCACUAUGUCUCCGCGCCGAUUUUUCCCAUUUAUGGCAUCAAGGAACUCGGCUCCGCCUCGUCCACCAGGCCCGCCGCUGCCAUCUGAUCAGGACUUCAGCAUCGACAGUAUACUGCAAGCUAUUGAGCCCGACAUCCGCGGCACGCUCGAUUCUAUCGCUGAGAUCUGCGGACGCAGCAAGUUGAGUCUCGCCAAUGAAUAUGGAAGCCACAUCGCGCCUCUAGGAGAGAUCCGUGCUCCGCCCGGUGGCCUGGUACCCGUCGAGGAGGCUAGUUCUAACGACGAACGACAUGCCGAUGAGGGAGUGGCAAUAUUUGAUGAUGCGACUAACCUCGUCGACUCGGGACAGAGUCCACAUGCAUUCCCUUUCUACCGAUAUCUAGAGUGCCUCGGGCAGACUGCGCCUCUGAUGGAACGGAGUACUUUACCCGGCACCUCGGUGCAAGCACAACCGGGCUUUGCACGAUCUGCUGCUCUGAACACCCAGCUUGAAACCGAGAUAGAGAUAUCUUCGGAUAGUCUACCGGUCACGCGAGACUUCACGUCGAGACCAAAGCAAAGUGGUCGUGACCUGCUGGCUGAGAACGCCGCUUCUAGUGAUGAUGACCACCCACCCCAAAACAUAAUAACCCCGGCCGUGGUGUCCGAGGUACAUCUCGAUGCGCAAGCCGAUGAUCGCAACGCAAGGACUGAAUAUCCCCUUCCACCCUCUUUGCACGACCCUGUUUCUCCCACAAGUCCAGAAGCAUCCAGUGAACACAAUAUACCAGACGUUCUUCGCUCUCUCCUCGGAUGGCUCAGAUGGACAACCCGGUUUGCAGGGCCAGAUUCCUACCCUGAAUUGCAGUCUGCAGAGGGUCGACUGCGCGCGAUGCUGGAGCAUUCAGCUCGUGGGAGCCCGCUUCCAACAACGUGA